GAGCCAAAUAGCCCAAGCUUUGAUUCAUUGUGUUAUCACUACAGGCUUCUGCUAAACCUAAAAAAGAAAGAAAAACAAACCAAAACAAAAAUUUCCUCUGUGAGAAUCAUUAGGAUACUGAACUGAGAGCAGAGCUGUCUUACAUCCUGCUAUCCGCAGUCUACCAGAAAAGAACAAAAUCCCCAGAAGAUAGAAUUCAUUUCUUCCAUGAAAUCCAAUAAAUGGUCUACAUCAGCUGGAUAUAUUAAAGAAAAUGAAGUAUUAAAAAAGGGUCUCCUUUCAACCUAUUUCUUAAUUAGUAUAAUAAUCCUGAAGAAUAAAUGGGAUCUGAAAUGAAUUUAAUAGGACAUCACCAGCUAGCCACUGCUGAUGGAUUUGCUAUUGCGGAAGGUCCUCAUUUGUUUGGUGUCCUUUCAGAGCCAAUGAGUUCUCCAGUGCAAGAGACAGAUGUGUCACCUUACACACAGUACAACAGUGUGCCAUUUCCCCAAGUUCAGCCUCAGAUCUCAUCGCCGCCUUAUUACUCCAACCUAGGGUUCUACCCUCCACAGCAUGAGGAAUGGUAUUCUCCUGGGAUGUAUGAGCUCAGGAGAAUACCCUCAGAGACCUUUUUCACAAGGGAGACAGAGAUAAUGGAUAUCCCUGCAGCCAAAAAGCCUAGGCUGGGUCACUCCACAGGAAGAGUGAAAGGAGAAGAGCUCUGUGUGGUCUGCGGUGACAAAGCCUCUGGGUACCACUACAAUGCUCUUACUUGUGAAGGAUGCAAAGGGUUCUUCAGAAGAAGCAUCACAAAAAAUGCGGUAUACAAGUGUAAAAAUGGAGGCAACUGCGAGAUGGACAUGUACAUGAGGAGAAAAUGCCAGGAGUGCCGUCUAAGGAAAUGCAAGCAAAUGGGCAUGUUGGCUGAAUGUAUGUAUACAGGUCUACUAACAGAAAUACAAUGCAAGUCGAAAAGACUACGGAAAAAUGUGAAACAGCCUCCAGGUCAGACAGUUAAUGAAGAUAAUGAAGGCCCUGACAUGAAACAAGUGACAUCUACAACUAAAAUGUAUAGGGAGAAAGUAGAAUUUACCCCAGAACAGCAGAACCUUCUUGAUUACAUCAUGGAUUCAUACAGUAAGCAACAAAUACCACAGGAGGUGUCAAAAAAACUAUUACAGGAGGAAUUCAGUGCUGAAGGGAAUUUUCUGAUUUUAACAGAAAUGGCUACCAGUCAUGUGCAGGUUCUUGUGGAAUUCACUAAAAAACUACCAGGCUUCCAAACCCUUGAUCAUGAAGAUCAGAUUGCUUUGCUGAAGGGCUCAGCAGUAGAAGCUAUGUUCCUCCGUUCAGCUGAGAUCUUCAGCAGGAAACUUCCUACAGGACAUACUGUCCUUUUAGAAGAAAGAAUUCGCAACAGUGGUAUCUCAGCUGAAUUCAUAACUCCCAUGUUUAACUUUUAUAAAAGCAUUGGAGAGCUGAAGAUGACACAGGAAGAAUAUGCACUGCUUACAGCCAUAGUUAUCCUGUCUCCAGAUCGACAAUACAUAAGGGACAGGGAGUCCGUGGAAAGGCUUCAAGAACCAUUGCUGGAUAUACUACAGAAAUUCUGCAAACUUCACCACCCAGAUAACCCUCAACACUUCGCAUGCCUCCUGGGCCGUCUGACGGAAUUACGGACAUUUAACCAUCAUCACGCAGAGAUGCUGAUGUCGUGGAGAGUGAAUGAUCACAAAUUCACACCUCUGCUCUGUGAGAUCUGGGAUGUGCAGUGACGCAUACUUUUAUUUUAGAAGUAUCUUUUUAAAGGACCACAUAGCAUUUAUUUUCAUAGGACGAUAUCCCACAGUACAUUAAAUUUUCUUUACUGCAUUUUUACAGAAACAUGCCAUGGAUUCAUGAAAGUAAUUUUGUUCACUGUACACAGAAUAUUGCAUAGCUUUCAGAUCUUCACAUGUAAGUACAACUUUCUCUGUAUUUAUAUUCGCUGAUCAGAAACAGUCCACCAGCUCUUCAGAGGAACCCUGGUAAUUCUGCUGCAAUUAAGCUGAUUGCAGUUAUAGUUCCUUUUGAUGAAUGGGGAUAGCAGGUUUCCAUUCAUAUGUUUUCAUUGCAGUGUUUUUGUGCUUGGUCUCCAUUAUAUUCCAGAUACAUACCUAAUAAACCAGCUGAAAUGGUUAAUGCCAGUCAUUUGCUGUUCAACUGUGAAACUGUGUUCAUGUAAGAUGUGCAAGAUGUUAUUUCUUCGUAAGAUGAAAAAUGAUGUAAUGGAGAAAAGCCUCAUACACACACAAAGAAACCCCAAACAACCUUUUCAUGAUAUAAACGUGUAACUUCUUUUGAAUUAUUAUUUCUAAGUAAAAAUUAUACAGUAUCUAAA